AUGAUGAUGAUGACUGGCCGUGUGCUGCUGGUGUGUGCCCUCUGCGUGCUGUGGUGCGGUGCCUGCGGUGGUGAACGAGCUGAAGCAACUCCAGGUUCUCCGGGUAAUGCGUCAAGAGAAGAGAAACCUCAAAGCGAAGGAGAGCCUGUCGGUGGCGCUGGAAAUGAUGUCAAAAAGGGUGAACAGAAAGUGACACAAGGAGCAGCACUAAAGGCGCCAGAAUCACAUGAAUCGCCAGCGAACUCGCCACAGGCACCACCACCCGAAGGAGGAGCAUCAGUAACGGCAAGUACAACGACGGAAAACAAGGGUAAAAAUGCACAAGAAGGUGAAAAGGGGGAAAACGAAGAGAAAGAAGACGAAGACGAAGAGGAUGAAGUGGAAGAGGAAGAGGAAGAAGAGGAACAAGAAGAAGAAGAUGAAGACGAAGAAGAAGAGGAUGGUGCGAAAGAAAACGGGGAGACAGAGGAAGAAACGGCUACCGGCACCACAGAGGAGACCUCAGCAGGCAGUCAGGAGAAGCCAAGUUCAUCUUCUGCUGCGGAGGGAGCAUCGAAUAUAACAAAUCCCAACAGCACACAAACAACUGGAGACGAUGAUCCAGCAGCUGAUGGUGCAGGGACAGCGGAGGGAAAACAAAAUGAAAAUAAAGAUGCCAAUCCGAAAGAAACACCAGUGACGGCCACAGCCAUGAAAACUACGACGGCGACGACUGGCGACAGUGACGGCAGCACCGCGGUCUCCCACACCACCUCCCCUCCUUUGCUUCUUCUUGUUUUUGCUUGUGCGGCUGCGGCUGCGGUGGUGACCGCGUGA